GAGAAAGGGAGGGGAGAGAAUUGGAAAGGGAGGGCAGGGAGAAAGAAAGGGAUAGAGACCAUUUGACCUGGCACAGGAUAUACAGCCUUAAACGAAAGGAGAGUUUGCCAGGCAAGUAGGCAAAGGGCCAGCUCUCCCCUUCAUUCACCUCCAGCAUUGAACUGGCAUACUAAUUCCUGAACCAGCCCAGAGUUGAGAGGAGGACAGGAGCCGGCACACAUACAAACAAGGAUAUAUAUAUUUACUAGCUGAGAUGUACAUGUAUGUAUACCAGAAUAGAUGCUGAUGAACAAAUCAACACCAGAGCCCUUAUUAAGACAAGCGUGAGUUUUAUGGAGGACUGAAAUUGCAUUAUACACCGAAGAACGAAUGCACAUAGCACAACUGGUAUACUUAAAGGAAGCAGAACUUUACCUACAGUGGGUGAAGGACGUUGCAUCGGCUAGUGAAAAUAGAAGAAAGCUGGUAAAGCUAUAUACCUGGUCAGUUGGUCAAUACGCACUGUUACUCACUGAGGGAUUCCUUACUUGCUGUAAGCUGAAUGACAUAAACUGGCACAUACAGGCAUACAGCUCCUGGUACAUUGGAACUUGCAGUACAGCUUAGCUUAUUUUGGGGUGUAUGGUCUGUCUGGGUCAGUCCACCUUCCUGAGAUUUAACCACCCAGCUGAAGCUCACUGGAUGAAAACCAUGAUUCCUUCCACUGGGAGAAGCCCUGCGCCAGGCUUGUACCCAUCAGAUUCUUCUUCCUCCUUGCUAAAUGGUUCUCGUGAUGCUGCAUACCCGAGAACUGUACCUUCCCAUACCUCACUAGUAAGCUCCAUUGAAAAAAAUCUUCAGGACAUCAUGGACUCGUUGGUUUUAGAAGGGCCUGCACCACUGAGCAGGAAGCUUUCCCAGACCUCACUUAACCAUAUCACCCCUAUGACCAAUGGAGAGAACAGACGGUACUUGCUUUCAUCUCCAACAAGUCCACCUUACUCAAACUCAGGUUAUGACAAUACCUCUCCACUGUCUUCUCCUGGAAGUGGAAGUCUCACUAGCCCCUCUCCGGGUCAAGAUGCAGGAACGCCAACAGCACCCCCUGUGGUGCCACUUCGAACUUCUAGCUUUAGCCAUUCCUUGCCACGACCAGUUCCUACCUAUGGAGGAAGCAACCUUGACUUGCGUUCUAAUCGCAACACAGGUGGUGGGUCUCUGCUUAGUCCUUCAAGCCCAGCAACAGGAAGCAGGAUGGGGGGACUAAGUGUGCCAAGCAGUCCACUCCUAGGUAGUAAGUUUCAUCACCAGAUCACAGACCGCCCAACCAGCCCUUUUAGACAGGUGGUAGGACCAACACGGAGUCUGCCACCAGAGAGUCCAAGACUUGGGCGGAGGAACUUUGAAAGCAUGAGGGACCUGCCUCCACUUAGCCCUUCUCUGCCCCGAAGAAGUUCAUCUAGCUCCAUUAAACCUGCUCCAGACAGCCCAUCUCGAGUUCCAGACAGCCCCAGCACUUUAGGGCGACGUCGGGUGGGAAGUGCUAGCUCUCCUGGCACAGAAAAUAAUGCAAGUACAAGGCAGAUAAGGGAGCGCAGCCCAUCUCCCUCCUCUCUUCAAGAGACCUCUCGUCGACUAACUCCAGCUUAUAGCCUGGGAUCGCUUGGGACCCCUUCACAAAGCCCCAGGGCACAAAGAAAAGGGCCUGUGCUACGGGAGCGCAAGAACAGCAUCAGUGAAAUUUCUGGCAACCAAGAGGAGCUAAUGGACUACCACAGAAGGCAGAGAGAAGAAAGACUUAGAGAGCAGGAAAUGGAAAGGCUGGAGCGGCAGAGACUGGAAACCAUUUUAAACUUGUGUGCCGAAUACAGUAAAACAGAUGAUACAGCUCCCCCAGCUCGCCUAGAUGAAAUAAGGAGCUUCCCCACUUUGGGGGGUACUGAGGAAACCACUGCAUCCCUCUUCACUCGUAGACCUUCUUGGGAGAGCACCAGAAGUACCAACCUGGAGGGAACAGGCAAUAGGGUGAGAGCACAGGGAGAACACAAUGAGGAAGAGACUCAGAGAGAAGAGAACAGCAGUACAGAGAGUACCCAACAUGAGCAGGAAGAUGCUGUAAGCCCAACUGGGGCUGCAGAAUUACUAGCCCUGGAGGAGCAACGCAGGCACACCCUGGGGCAUGUGGAUCAGCUAAAGAAUAGAGUGACUGAAUUGGAGGGUCAGUUGCAGGAAAGUGCAAGGGAGGCAGAGAUGGAACGUGCCCUUUUGCAAGGGGAACGGGAGGCUGAGCUGUCCCAGUUGCAGCAUGAGCAAAGAAUGGUCCAGCAGCUGCAGGACAGCCUGACCUCUUUAGAAAACAACUUGCAGAAGGAGAAAGACAAGGCACGUGAGAAACUGGAGCAGGAGAGGAUGGAGCUGCAGAGUAUUCAGCUUUCUCACCACGACCUGCAGAGGCAGCUCCAUAACUGCCCUGAGGCUCUGCGGGAGCAGGUGCAGUGCCAGCUGACACGGGAGUCUGAACUCCUGGAGACGAAGAUGAAGCUGUUUGAGGAUCUGGAGUUCCAGCAGCUAGAAAAGGAAAGCCGCCUGGAAGAAGAAAGAGAGACCACAAGUCAACAACUUUUACAGAGCAAGGGGGAAUGCCAGCGAAGCAUUGCACGCAGGAAGGAACGCCUGGCUGCUUUGGAGAUGCAAGCCAAUCAGAUUCGCCUCCAGGCAGCACAGGAUGCAGACCAUCUUGGCCAGGAAAGAAGCGCCAUACUUUUACAGCUACACAAGGAGAAAGAGAAGCUGGUUCAGUUGGAGAGAAGAUACCAGGCACUAACAGGACGACGGGGAUUCUCAACUGGAUCAGCUGCUCUCCGAGAGGAUGCUCUUCAAAUCUAUGAGACUAGAGACUGCUUACUCGCUCAAGCUGAUGUUUCUUGCACACCUGCUAUCCCUUCUGCCUGCUCUCACUCCCCUUCCCGGCAGCAAGAGGAAUACCUGUGCCUCUCUGAUGUUCUCCGCUUGUACAGCAGCUCGCCUCUUGUUCCUGCUUUUCCCCUUCUCUCUGCUGCAGAGCCCACCGCCGCCCUUGAGUACAUCACUUUAGAUCAGCUGCAGGAUAUUCUGGAAAGCAUGCCCACAGGUUCUGCUCCAACUGCUGUGGCAAUGGCUGGCACUGAUAUCAACUCUGCCUCUUGUGCUCCUUCACCUGACGACCCUCCUCCUGUACAUCUCUCGUCUUCAUCUUCUUCCUCUCCCUCCAUUUCUCUGGAGGUGAAUUCCCCAACAACAGAAGGUCACUCUGCCCCCCUAGCACCUGAUUUGGAUGCCUAUUACCAAGAUUUAGUAACUGCACCUUCUGCCUCUUCUUCUCCAUCUUCUUCCCCUCCUCCACUCCCUGCUAAAUCCCACUCAUCACGUAAGGCUUUGCAGAUUUCUCGCUCUCGGACAGAAAUUGAGGGUGGAGGCACUCUUCCACGGAUGAAAACAGUCUCCCCCGCUUCUUCUCACUUUUCAGUGGCCACUCUGGGCCGUAGUGUUUCCCCAAAGAAUGCCCAUCUGACUCAGAAUGGCACAGGCAGCCUCUCCAGGGGAUUGGCAGUAACCAUGCAAGACAUUCAAAGCAAGAGACAGCUGGCACUGCAACAAAAAGACAGUCUGAGCACAGAAGAUUCUCUUCCAUCUGAAGUUGAAGGUCAACAAGUGAUAGAGGAGCAGCGCAGACGUCUUGCAGAGUUGAAACAGAGAGCUGCAGUUGAGGCACAAUCUCAGUGGGAAUCUCUCCAUGGAGCCCCUAAUCAAGGGUACACGCCUAUAAUUCACCACUCCAUUCUACACCAUCAGCGGCCUCUCCAUUCUCGUGAAGAUGACCCUACCCAUGGAUUUGACACUCUCAGUCUGGAGAGUUCUGAUAGUUUGGACACUAGUGUUUCUACAGGAAACUCUGCAUGUUCCCCUGAUAACAUGUCAAGUGCUAGUGGGUUAGACAUGCUAAAGAUAGAGGAAAUGGAAAGAAUGCUUCUAGAAGCUCAUGCAGAGCGUGCCAGGCUUGUAGAAUCCAGGGAGCGUGAGGUGGAGGCACGCAGAAAAGCACUAGAAGAUGAGAGGCGAAGGAGAGAGGAGCUGGAAAGGCGUCUUCAAGAUGAGACAGCUCACAGGCAAAGACUAGUAGAGAAGGAGGUCAAGAUGAGGGAGAAGCAUUUUUCACAGGCUCGUCCUCUUACACGCUAUCUGCCAAUCCGGAAGGAAGACUUUGAUCUCCGAGCCCAUGUUGAGUCCUCAGGCCAUGCAGUAGAUGCCUGCCCUCACAUCAUUUUAAGUGAGAAGAUGUGUCGUGGCUUCCUGACAAAAAUGGGUGGAAAGAUAAAAUCAUGGAAGAAGCGCUGGUUUGUUUUUGAUCGCCUGAAACGGACCCUGUCCUAUUAUGUAGAUAAACAUGAGGCAAAGCUGAAAGGAGUUAUAUAUUUCCAGGCCAUAGAAGAGGUUUAUUAUGACCACCUCAGGAGUGCAGCCAAGAAAGGACUUUUUAACCUCAGCCUGGCCACUCAGAUAUCCGAUUUUCUUUCUGUGCCCCUGUGGAAGGAGAGUCCUAACCCAGCUCUAACAUUCUGUGUCAAGACUCACGAUCGCCUGUAUUACAUGGUAGCUCCUUCCCCAGAGGCUAUGCGGAUAUGGAUGGAUGUCAUUGUAACUGGGGCAGAGGGUUACACUCAGUUCAUGAACUAAUACAGGUGGCUUCCAUAUUGCUCAAUGACACUGUUCCUCAGGAACCACAGGGAAACUGAGAUAAUGAAAACUUUUUUCAGUGUUACAGUAAUACACUACCCAUUGCAUUCUGCUAUUGGCCAAAGAAUUGGCACAAAGCCUAUAGCAGUGCAAAGAUCUUAAAUACACCUGGAAACAAUGAUGGUGCAACUGUGCCUUGCUACUCGCAGGCACAGUUUAAACAGUACUGUUAUCACAUAUACUGGCUUAGAAAGUAUUACAUUUUUUAUACCUUUUUUUUGUUUUUGUUUUUUUUACUUGUUUUUCUGGUGCCAUUGUGCUCUGCAGUCUAUAUUUUUAAAGACAAGCUGGUUGUGCAAUAAAGCUAUACCAGUUACAGAAACUGCUCUCUCUCUAUAUAUAUCUAUAUAUAUAUAUGUUUUUGUUAUUUUUUAAAUGCUUUUAUUAAUGCCUUAUUGUGGUAUCUCACACGUGGUGGAGAUAGUGUUGCCUUGCCCAUAUUAUCCCUUCUGCUGUGGGCAACCACAUUUUGUUAACCCAAAUACCGCCUGUGCCUUUGUAAUGUGAGGCAACAUUAAAUGAUGCUUUAUUCUUUUAUCUGUCCUAAGCCUUUGGUUUGGUUUUCCACAGAGGGGGCUGUCAUAUUCCACUUUCAACAUAAACGGAAGAUAAGUUUAAGAACAUAUGAAAAGUUUACAUCCAAACUGACAAUUCUAGGAGACUGUUUUUAUCUGGUUUUUAUCCUUGGGGUUAUGUUUUCUGUACAUUGCUCGCCUUGUGUGUAUUAUAACAUACAUAUUAUAUGUAGGACUUGUUUUUUCAGUAUGUUUUUGUAAUUAUCACAGAAUUUGGUCGCACCUAGUGAAAGUUUUGUAAGAUAAAUCUAAGAAGAGUUCUGUCACCCUUUUAUUAUCAAUAUUCAAAAAAUUGUACUUGGCAGAAAAUCACAGUAUUCUCAUUAAACCUAUAUAUACAUGUAAAUACAUAUAUUAUGAGGCAGGGGAAUAAUAUAUUAUGACUGGUAGUACCGAAUGAAAUGAUUAAAGGCAUUAUAAUGACAUUUAGUCAGGGAUGGUAAUGGUUAAAACAAGCUGGACUUCAAUAAAAGACCAUACAUUUAAAAA